GUUUUGUUUAUGUUGCUGUCUGCUUGUAAAAACGAACAAGUUUCUCUCACUAUUAACGGCUGCUUGAGCUAAUUAAUUGAAAAAUGGGCCUACCUUGGAAGCUUCUCAUAUUGAUUGUGAUUGUGAUUGCUGUUUUGUCUCAAUUAGAAGUUCCCCAAAACAAAUGGAUUGUAUCAAAAACAGUGACUCUUAAAGCUUCAGUUGAAGACACAUACAGUUUCAUCACAUCUUUAGAUUAUGUUGAUAAGUGGUUCCCUUUUGUGUCACGUGUGAGAGAUGCAGACGGUCGGCCACUAAGUGCUGGUAAAAAGCUGUAUGCUGUGUAUGAUAUUCCUGCCUAUGGCGAAUAUCAAAUGCUGUACCGUGUCACCGAGCACAAAAAAGGGAAACAAAUAGUCAUUGAGGGAGACAAUCUCCUGCUCCCCCGAAUCGAAUUCACUUUUGUGAAGAUGAAAGAAGUUUUGUCCAAAGUUACCAUUUCUAUCUCAUUCCGCAGGCUAAGUUAUUUUUACCAGUACACCAUUGGUCCAGUUCUCCACUUCUUGGUCAGUCAGAAACUUCAGCAUUCUCUGUUCCUACUGAAGUCAGUGUUUCCAUAUUGAUGUUGAGGAAGCCUAGGAUAUUUUUGUCUGAAGAUCAACAUGCUCUUCAUUAGCUUCUGCACCCAAGCCAAACAUUGCCUGCAAAUUCCAGUCGUGCAUCAGUUUUAAGCUUUCAUUUUGAGUGAACAAACAAAAUGAGAGUUGGUGUGUGCGGUAUGGCUUGAGUCCCCAUCCACAAAAUUUCAAAUCCUGCUGCUAUUUAAUGAAAGAUUCUUUUUGGUGAGUUAUGUGUUCAACCCCUUAUCUCUUCUCAUUUAUGUUGACAAUAGUUGAUAAAUUAGCUGAAACAUUCAACUCUGUGAUAGGAAUAGUCAAAAAAGUAUGUAUACUAAGCAAAUUUCGGCAGCAUUGGAAAGUCUGUGGAAUACCCGACUCUAACGUAUACACAUAGAAUUAUUUCAUUCUAUUUCUGAGAGUACUAAUGUUGUACUAUAUUUUCAUGUGGGAAGUAGACGUGUAAUUUCUUCCGCUGUCUUUCAGGAAGAAAAACCAAUUUAUUCCAAAUAGUCCUAAUAUUUUUCAUCAAUUGUAUUCCAAAACACUUAUGUAUACAUAAAUAUUAGUUUGUAGCUCACAUUAUGCAUCUUAUACAACAAUCAAAUUCUACCCAAUAUGAACUGUGACUUUUUUCCUCAAGCAGCAAAAAUCCUGUCAUUAAUAGCAGUGGCGUUCCUAGCAUGGGUGGCACCAGGGGUGGUAAUUUGCCGUGACGCUCCCACUUCCAGGAAAAUUUUCAAAU